AUGUCGCUCCCUGCAGAGAUGGAUGUGACCACCGCAGACAAGGAGACCAAAGACCAACGAUGCGUGGAAGCAUCUUCCGAGUGCCGCUCCGAGGAUUGGUUGCUUGUGGACGAUGUUGGCAAGACAGGAUGUGGCCUUGACCCGGACGCGGAGUUGGAUCUUUGCUUCAUCUGUGACUGCACUGGCUCGAUGGGUCAAUAUAUCAAAGCAGCGCAGGAUAACAUCCAGCGCAUUGUAGCCAAGAUCUCGCAGACAAAUGGAGCCAAGGUUCGAUUUGGCCUCAUCCGCUACCGGGAUCACCCUCCACAGGACCGGACUUUCGUCACAGAAUGCCAUCCAUUCACUGCUGACCUGUCCCAGAUGUCUGAAUAUGUCAAUUCCAUGCAAGCCAAGGGAGGUGGCGAUGGCCCAGAAGCUGUCACUGCAGGUCUCCACGUUGCUUUGAAUCUCCCUUGGCGGCCCAACUCCACCAAGAUCUGCGUCUUGAUCGCCGAUGCCCCUCCACAUGGUCUCGAGCCGACUGGUGAUGGCUUCCCAAACGGAGACCCUGAUGGUCAUGACCCGCUGGACAUCCUCCGCACCAUGGCAGCGCACGGAAUUACCGUGUACAGCGUUGGCUGUGAGCCGGCGUUGGGAAGCUAUGCGCAUGCGCGGGACUUCCUCUGCUCAGUUGCUGAAAUCACUGGUGGCCAGGCUGUUGCACUUAGUUCCGCUGCCAUGCUGGCUGACGUGAUUAUCAACGGUAGUGCAGAAGAGCUUGCGCUCUCCAAGCUGCAGCGACAGGUAGAGGAGGAAGUCCUCAAGGUUCAAGUGCAAGAGCGCCAUGCUGGGCGCGAAAUCUCCGCCGAAGAUGCCUCGACGAGGGCCUGUGAGAACUUGCGUGCUUUCGGCCUGCGAAGCGUGCAGAUGGAGACAGAUGGGCACAUGGCAUAUGCAAACAGAGUUUGCUGGGGCUUCGAUGGCAGCGAGAAGAGGUCACUGGCAAAGGUGAAAGAGGCUCUUACAGAGGCUGUUCCUGCAUCUGUCCCAGAGCCCCAUGGCGGCUAUAGCGCGAGGAGAGCUGGCAGAGGUGGAAAGGGAAGUGCUGCUUGGUGCAGUGCUCCGGCUGCACUGCUGCCCAUGCCACCAGCUUCGCCAGCCAUGUCAGCCCCGGCCACAGCGCCAGCUGCAUCCAAAAACUUCCUGAAAGAAGACCUUAUCUCCGCCGCGCAAGUGAGCCGCAUGGUUCAGAAGGCCAAGUGUCAAAGCCGAUUGUCGUGA